AUGAACAGCCAUGCACCGGCCGGUGAGAUCAUGUCCCCUUUAGGUUACACCCGGCCCCAGCCACAGGGGGCGCUCUCUAGAAGGACCCUGGGCACGCCUAGUCAGUUACCACAGAAACAGGCGCUGCCAGGAGAGACAGAGCACCAGCCAAGCCCUGGAAAUGGGGACUUGUUCACUUCUGAGCCUUUCUGCUGCAGGGGGCCUGGGGCUCCCGCCCCCCUUCCUGCUGCUGCUGCUGCUGGCACCCAUGACAUUGCCCUGUUGGAACUGAAGUCUUCAGUUGCCUCCUCCCCAUACAUCCUCCCUAUUUGCCUGCCAGCUCCUGGGUUAUAUUAUGAAAGGAAAUCUUGCUGGAUAACAGGCUGGGGUACUCUCACAGAAACAGGGCAACAGCCAGCAGAAAUCUAUCUCCAAGAGGCUAACAUCCCUGUUAUUGACAAUCAUACAUGCAGUUCAUUUUAUGGCGUUCCAAUAGAGGGUAAUGUAAUAUAUGAGAUCAAGGAGGACAUGCUGUGUGCAGGGGACAUCAUUAAUCAAAGGGCAAUCUGUGUGGGAGAUUCUGGAAGUCCACUUGUCUGUGAAUUUUCAGAGACCUGGAUACAGGUAGGAAUCGCAAGCUGGGGCAUGGCAUGUGUACCACCUGUUUCCCCAAGCGUUUUCUCUAGAGUAUCCUAUUAUCUGGACUGGAUUGAGCAGACCAAGAAAAUAUCACACAAAUUAUUACCAACAAAAGCUUCAAAUGUGAGGAAAGUUGUCGAGGUAUCAAAAACUCCCCAACCAACAAGCUAUGCAUCGGCCUCCCAGAUCUCUGUUCAGCCUGUGCUGCUCUGCCGGUGUCGCCUGAUGGCACUGUGGUUCUGGGAUGCUGGAAACAGUCUUUGAGUGGUUUGAAAAAAAAACAAAAAGCACUGAUAAGCCCAUUAAACUGUCGCAAUGAGAAAACCCAUGGAGUUCUGUGAUUACCUUCGGCAACGAUAGUUGGCAUCUCGCGUCCAAGCACACAGCAAUGACUCUCAUUCCUAUAGCACAGUAGGGUCUGGAAAAAGUUUUGCUCAUAACACUGAGGUGGGUGGUGCAGAUUUCCCCAUUUUAGAGAUGAGGAUGUUGAGACUUAUGAAAAUUAAAUGACUUGCCCAUGUUCAUACAGCCAGUAAUAGAAUUUGCAAUUGGUAACCAGGUCUUCUACUUCUAGGCCAUGGAUCUUUUCCAUUUUGUCUUUGUCACCAGAACCUAGCACACA